AUGGCAAGAAAGAAGAUUAAGAAGUAGAAAAGUAAAUGCCCUCGUAGUAAAAUGACUAAAUAGGAGUAUAAUGACUUUUUAGAUGAAACAAAUGAGUAUUAUAAAUUGCUUUAGAUUAUACACCCUGGGUUGAUAUAAGAAGAAAGAAAAUUCUAAGCACAUCAAAUAAAAGAUGAAUCAGAUUGA